AUGGCGGGUCGCCGCCUGGCCCUGCUGCUUGUCGCGCUGGCCGCGGCGUUCCUGGCAGGCGCGAGCGGCCGCCACGCGAGCGACUCGGCGCGGUUCCCCCUGCUCCGCCUCGCCGCGCCGGCGUCCCUCGCCGACCUGGCGCGCAGCGACCGGCAGCGGAUGGCGUUCAUCGCCUCGCACGGGCGGCGGCGCACGCGGGAGACCGCGGCGGGCUCGUCGGCCUCUUCAGCUGCCGCGGCCUUCGCGAUGCCGCUCACCUCCGGCGCCUACACGGGCAUCGGGCAGUACUUCGUGCGCUUCCGCGUGGGCACCCCGGCGCAGCCGUUCCUGCUGGUGGCCGACACCGGCAGCGACCUGACCUGGGUCAAGUGCCGCCGCCCCGCCUCGGCCAACUCCUCGCUCUCGCCGGCCGACUCGGGGCCGGGGUCGGGGCGCGCGUUCCGUCCCGAGGACUCGAGGACAUGGGCGCCCAUCUCGUGCACGUCGGACACCUGCACCAAGUCGCUCCCCUUCUCCCUCGCCACCUGCCCCACGCCCGGCAGCCCCUGCGCCUACGACUACCGGUACAAGGACGGGUCGGCGGCGCGCGGCACGGUGGGCACGGAGUCGGCGACCAUCGCGCUGUCCGGGCGGGAGGAGCGGAAGGCCAAGCUCAGGGGCCUCGUGCUCGGCUGCACCAGCUCCUACACCGGCCCCAGCUUCGAGGCCUCCGACGGCGUGCUCAGCCUCGGCUACAGCGGCAUCUCCUUCGCCUCCCACGCCGCCUCCCGCUUCGGCGGCCGCUUCUCCUACUGCCUCGUCGACCACCUCGCCCCGCGCAACGCCACCAGCUACCUCACCUUCGGCCCCAACCCCGCCGUCUCCCCCUCCUCCUCCCACGCCUCCCCCUCCUCCUGCGCCGCCGCCGCCGCUCCCCGCGCGCGCACGACGCCGCUGCUGCUCGACCGCCGGAUGCGCCCCUUCUACGACGUCAGCCUCAAGGCCAUCUCCGUCGCCGGGGAGUUCCUCAAGAUACCGCGCGCCGUCUGGGACGUCGAGGCGGGCGGCGGCGUCAUCCUCGACUCCGGCACCAGCCUCACGGUGCUGGCCAAGCCGGCCUACCGCGCCGUCGUGGCCGCGCUCAGCAAGGAGCUCGCCGGGCUGCCGCGGGUCACCAUGGACCCGUUCGAGUACUGCUACAACUGGACGUCGCCGUCGGGCCAGGACGCCGGCGUCGCCGUGCCGAAGAUGGCCGUGCACUUCGCCGGGGCGGCGCGGCUGGAGCCCCCGGGGAAGAGCUACGUGAUCGACGCGGCGCCCGGCGUCAAGUGCAUCGGCCUGCAGGAAGGCCCCUGGCCCGGGAUCUCCGUCAUCGGGAACAUCCUGCAGCAGGAGCACCUGUGGGAGUUCGACAUCAAAAACCGACGGCUAAGAUUCCAGAGGUCGCGGUGCACGCACUGA